UUGGGCGUAAGAAAGCUGGUAGAGGCGUAGGGAGCGACUAGAGAAACAAGAAUAUGGCAUCUCCGGGUCGAAGCCCCGAACUGAGACAAGACCCGGUCACGAAAAGGUGGGUUAUUUUCUCUCCGGCCCGGGCCAAACGACCCACUGAUUUCCAAUCCAAGUCACCCGAAAACCCUGACCCAAACCCCAAGUCUUGCUUCUUCUGUAUCGGCAACGAACAUGAAUGUGCUCCAGAGAUUUUCCGGGUCCCUGAUGACCCGAGCAAUCCAGAUUGGAAGAUUAGGGUUAUCCAGAACCUGUACCCUGCAUUAAGCAGAGAGCUCCAGAAUUCUGCUACGGUUUCUCAAAACUCCGACCCGGAUGGAUGCGAUCAUGUCGAAUGGGGCCGGGUUCUGGAUGGGUUCGGGUUUCACGACGUGGUGAUUGAGGCUCCGGUGCACUCGGUGCAGCUGUGUGAUCUAGAGCCGAGAGAGAUUGGCGAGGUAUUGCUAGCUUACAAGAAGAGGAUCGAUCAAAUAGCGAGCUUCGAAUCGAUCAAAUAUGUGCAGGUUUUCAAGAACCAUGGUGCUUCAGCUGGGGCAUCAUUGAGCCACUCACACAGUCAAAUCCUGGCUCUCCCUGUUGUUCCUCCUAAUGUUUCAACUCGACUUGAUUGUAUGAAAGAAUACUUUGCUCGGGUUGGGAGAUGCAGUCUAUGUGAAGUUCAAGUGAAGGACAUUCUAAUUGACGAAUCAAAACAUUUCAUAUCAAUUGUUCCUUUUGCUGCCACAUUUCCCUUUGAGAUCUGGAUUAUUCCUAGAACCCAUUCUUCACAUUUCCAUGAGCUAGAUUGUGAAAAGGCGGUUGAUCUUGGCGGUAUACUGAAGCUUGUGCUCAGAAAAAUGUCUUUGCAGUUGAAUAACCCACCAUUCAACUUCAUGAUCCAGACUUCUCCCCUUCAGGUUUCGGCACCACAGUUACCUUACUGUCACUGGUUUUUACAGAUAGUACCUCAGUUAACCGGGAUCGGUGGAUUUGAACUUGGAACUGGGUGUUACAUAAAUCCUGUUUUCCCAGAGGAUGCUGCGAAAGUUUUGAGAGAACUUAAUAUUCCGGCGUAGGGAUGAACUAUUUACAAUUGCAUCCCAUCAUAUUAAAAUUACUUUUAGGUGAUAAAAAAAAACCAUUGAACCUUGUCGCAUGAUGGUCUCUUUAUGCUUCUUUUGUACUGUUUAUUUCUUUCCUGCGUCGUUUUUGCUGCUUCAACAUAAAUUAUGUCACACAAGCAGAUCUUACAAGUUCAGAAAGUCCUUGUGUUAGCUCUACAUUCAUCUCCUCUGCAGGGGUUUCAUGGGAACCAUACGACUAUGGACUUUUGAAGAUUAGUAUUAUGUGAUUGGCAUCUAUGCUUUACAGUCAUAGAAGGCAAAUGCAUAAAGCUGCUCAAUGUUACUGAGUGUCUUUACAUUUUGUUCUCUGGAUGAUGCAAGGUUUGAGCUGUUUAUCAGUGUUGUAAUAAUGCAGAUAUUGGCAGAAAGUUGAACAAGACAGUGUCUUUUAAUAAUAUUGACAUGAUAUAUUAUCUUCUGGGAUC